AUGGCUAAAACAAAAAACGAUCAUGAUCAUGAUCGUGCUCGUUCACUUGUUGAACUGCUUCAACGAACACAAUCACAAGAACAAUUUGAUAUACCAUCAACAACAUCAACAACAAGUACAAUCGAUCAAUUAUUAAAUGAUGCUGGUUCAUUUGGUUUAUAUCAGAAAAUUCAAUUUUUUCUUGUUGGUCUUCUUGCUGUAUUACCAGCUAUGACAGCAUUUAAUUAUGUAUUUAUAGCUGCAACACCUGAUCAUCGUUGUCAAUUACCAUUAACAAAUUUUACAGAUACAUUUCAAAUACAAUCAAAUGAACAUGAAAAUUAUAUUAAUCAAUAUAUACCAUUAUCAACAAAAGAUCGAAAAUGUUAUUUAUAUGAUAGAAAUUCAAAAAAUGAAAAUUUAAUAUCAUGUUCAAAAUGGGUAUUUGAUAAUACAUUUUAUAAUACAACAAUAUCUACAGAAUGGAAUCUUGUUUGUGAUCGUCUUCAUUUAAAAGGUAUAACACAAAAUGCAUAUAUUAUUGGCACAAGUGGAUCAUUUUUAACUGGUAUUAUGUCGGAUAAAUUGGGACGACGAACAACAAUGUAUUUACUUAUAUUAAUUUUAGUUAUUGUACUUAAUGCAACACAAAUGAUGAUGCAUUCUAAACUUUCUAAUGAUAAAAAAUUAAUUAUUUUUACCAUAAGUCGAUUUUUAACUGGUAUUGCACAAACAACUUAUUCGAUAACAUUAGUUUUACUUUUAGAAAUGACAUCAGCUACAAAACGAGUAUUAGCUAGUAAUAUUCUUUCCUAUUUCUACACAUUAGGUAUGAUAAAAUUUUUUGAAAAAAAAAAAAAAACAACAAAUCUUCUAUGA